GUGGCACAGAGGGAAAUGGGCGAGCACUGGUACCAUGCAGAUAUGAGCCAGGCAUGGGCAGAGCACUUACUGAUACGAGAUGGGCGGGAUGGUGCCUUCCUUGUACGUCAGAGUGAAUCUGUAAACGGGGCAUUUGCAAUAUGUCUCAUGUACCAACAUAUGAUACACACAUACCGUGUCCUGCCAGAUGACUGUGGCUUGCUCUCUGUGCAGUCUGUGCAGGGUGUAGAUGUAAAGAAAUUUGAGCAUCUCAGCGACUUGGUGUAUGAAUAUAUGCACAAACAGAAUGGACUGAUCACAGCACUACAGUAUCCUGUGGGGUGUGAAGCAGAACUCAGCACUGAGCAGGUUAAUGACUAUGUUGAAACUAUGAAGUCCCCAGGCUGGAAAGAUAUCUCAUACACAGGUACAAGGAUAGUAUCAUGCCAGAGAGGAAUGGCCCUUGGUACCCAGAGGACGUUACUGCAGGAAGAUGUGGAAGACACCAGAAAACAAGGCCUGGGCCUGUUCCACUUGAGUCCUCUGUUAGAGAAGCAAUGCAGAGAGCUAGACAGAGAGAUUGGAGUCACCUGGAACAGCCUGAGGGUACUUACAAAGGUUUUUGGCCAGAUGAUCUCAGAUUUUAAUUCGGAAGAUGAGCAAAUGUUGGACAGACUAAUGAAUAAUAUCUCUGCUGUUCAUGAGAUCAUUGCCAGUCUGGAAAAUAAGGUUGUACAAACACUGAAGGACAGUCUCACAAGUUUUGCCACCUCUCCUGCAUCUCGUGGCUCAAUGUCCCCAAGAGUACCAGUUACUGCCACCAGUAACAGAACAGGCAAAACAGAUCCUCAAGAUGGGUUACAACAAGACAGAAAUCAACCUAAGAAGAAUUGCCCCAAAAGCUUGUCUUUGUUUGUCGGGACCUGGAAUAUGGGUGGUUCCCCCCCUCCACGCUCAAUCUCCUCCUGGUUGUCUUCGAGAGGGCUAGGGCGAAGUCUGGAGGACACUGGCCCCUGUGUCUCACAUGAUUUAUACAUGGUUGGAACCCAGGAAAACCCGCAAGGAGACCGUGAGUGGGCCGAGUUUCUAAGACUGGCACUGAUAUCCCACACAGGGAAACAGUUCAAAGUGGUCUCUAUGCACUCUCUGGGGGGAGUGAAACUCGUGCUGCUGGUGAAACAAGAAUAUGAAAGUCUGAUUUCUCAUGUGCAGAUUUCCAGUGUGAGAACAGGAAUGAGCAAUACUCUGGGACAUCGGGGGGCUGUUGGUGCAUCUCUUGACUUCUGUGGAAUAUCAUUGGGUUUUGUCACCUGUCACCUGGUGUCAGGAAAUGAGAAAGUGCAGAAGAGGAAUCAGAGUUAUGGGGAAAUUCUGCGAGGACUGACACUUGGAGACGAGUCAUUAAAGUGUUUCCAGCUCCCAUUGAGGUUAACACAUCUCUUUUGGGCUGGAGAUUUAAACUACAGGCUAAGCAUGCCCCUGCAGGAUAUCCUUCAGUGUGUGUACAGUGGCCGAUAUCAGGUUCUGCUUCCAGUAGAUCAACUCAGCCAGGAGCGUGAGAGGAAGAAAAUCUUCUUGGGAUUCAAGGAGGAUUCAGUUACAUUUCCCCCAACCUGUCGUUAUGAGAGAGGGACCCGAAGCUAUGAUCUACACAAAGCCAGGACUACUGGAACUCGUUUAUUUGCCCCAUGCUGGAGUGACCGUGUCCUUUGGACAUCAUACCCAGACACAGAUAUCAAGUGCACAUCUUAUGGUUGCACAGAAGACAUUGUGACCAGUGACCACUCCCCUGUGUUUGCCACCUUUGAGGUUGGACUCGACUGCACAUCCCAGCAAGAUACCAGCUGCACCGUCAGAUUCCAGAGCAUUGAGGCCAUUAUUAAAACUCAGAGCCGAUCCAAAGGUUUCAUUGAGUUCAGAUCUGUGUGUAUGAGGGGAUCCCCACAAAGCAAGGAAAACAGCACCCACAGCACUGAGGGCUCUGCAUUUCUGAAGCUAGGAUGGUCGGAUCUAGACUUGCCAGAAAUAACACUGGUUGGCCAGGACAGAAGAUCCGCACUGACCAGGCACAUACUAUUUAACAUUCGAUCCACAGAUGGGGGAGAGUCAUAUGGUGAAUGUUGUGUCUCAGUAAACCCACUGAACAGUGGCACUGACCAUCAUUUCCAAGCAUUCCUUUCCCAGCGAGGAGAAGAGACUGGAUCCAUUCGGGGCUGGGUUAUAGUGAGCAGAUUUCUUGAUGUCAACCCAUUGAAAAGCCCCAAUACCCUGCAGGGAGAUAACGAGAAAGGUCUCUCCUCAGUAAGAGAGAGUUCUUCCCUGCUCACAUGUGCUCCUGUUUCUCCACGUAAUCCUUCAGCUUCCCAACUUUUAGCACGAACAGCCAGGCGCCGCCCUGCAAGUCUGUGCUGUGUGAUGGAGAGUUAUAGCAAUGCUGAAUAUUUUCUGUUUGAGGGAAUGCCUAGUACCCCGACCUCUCCAAGACCCCACUCAGCACUUGUGAGUGGAGAUCAUCAGAGUUCAGGUUUACAUGGGCGACAAUUCGACCUUAGGCCCGAGAUGGGAAAAAAUUCUGCCUUGGUUCCAAUAAGCAAACCCAGCAAAGCCACCUCCAGGUCCCUGGCCUCACACAAAGGGUGCUGACAACUAGGAUUGCUGACAAGCUAAAAUGCAAUGUUUAAGUAUGAUGAACCUUAGCUAUAAUUCUGCAGCCAGGUGGUGGUACAAAAGCUUCAUAUAUUGUAAAUCAAUGAAAUCUAGGAGAUGCAAGUACUUGUAUUGCUUCUAUAUUGGCAUCUUGGCAGUCUGGAGCACAAAACACACACCUUGCUUUGUGUAAAUUGCAUUUAAUUGCCAUUAGAUGGCAGCGGUAACACUAUUAUUUGGGAACCAUUUGCCUUGAGGGACAUCUCAUAUCAAUACUGCUACUCACUCACACAUAUUUAUAGGUUAUUUACAUGCUAUCAUGUUCAAAAAGCUACAAACCCAUAUUGUUAUUACUACAAGCAGACAGUUUGCAUGCACAAGCUUUCCUAUAUGAGUGCAAACAGUUGUUUUUUUGUAUUAUACUACAAUUUAUGUCAGCAUUUAGGAGAGAAGUUACUCAUCCCUGCCUGCUUCUGCACCAGUGGAGCUUACCUACAUGAAUGUUAACAUAUUUAAAUUGAUCACGAUAAGGGAACAUUUGUUUAGCACCUUUAUUUCCUGCUGUAGAGAUAUUGGUAGAGAUAGUGUAGUUUUCAAGGCAACUGUUGCUCUGAUGUCACCCACAUGUGAACCACAUGAAAUGCCCAUUAUUUAAACUUUGAGUUCUUUACUAGCAGGGAAACAUAUUUAUGAGUAAUAUGUUAAUAUAUAAAAUAGGGUGACCAGAUCACUUGCACUGAUUGCAGUUUAUUUUAAAUGCAAUCAGUGCUGUCCUGCAACAUGUAUUAAUUAGAUGUGUCCCUGAAUUUUCAAGUGAUCAGGUCACCCUAAAACAGAUUUAUAUAUGUUAACCAAUAAUUUGUUCUGGAAUAAAUAUGUGUUUUAAAUG